AUGGACUCGCGGCAGCUCUUCAGACAUAGUCUCUCCAGCGAGGUAAUCUCCUUCAAAGCCGCCGCUACCGCUGCAGGCGCCUCGGCCUGGUCCCAGCUGCCGGCGUCCGUGAAGCUCAACCUGGGGAAUUCUCCAGACUCCCCCUUCUCCACCCCCUUGGACUGCGACGCCUUCCCCGCGCCCAGCACCACCACCCAAGAUCGGCACAGCAUAUCCCCGCCGGAGCCCACCGACAGCAAGGCCCUGCGGCAGAUCGAGACCAUGCUCAUGGCCCCCGACAAUGAGGCGGCAGCGGCAGCGACCACCACCACCAGCAGCCGCCGGCACGACGCCGACGCCGACGCCGACGCAGACGACAAUUUGCGGAGCCGGAAGCGACAGAGAGCUGGGCCGGAGGUGAAGCGGCUGCUGCUGUCUUGCGCCGAGGCGCUGGCGGAGGACCGCGCAGCAAAAUUCAAGGGUCUCGCGCAGGAGACGCGGGAGGUGGUCUCCAUCACCGGCGAGCCGCUACAGCGACUCGGCGCGUACAUGCUAGAAGGGCUGGUGGCGCGGCAGGAGGCCUCCGGCGCCACCAUCUACCGUGCCCUGCGCUGCGAGGGCCGCGACCUGCUCUCCCACAUGCAGAUCCUCUACGACAUCUGCCCCUACUUCAAGUUCGGCUACAUGGCCGCGAACGGUGCCAUCGCCGAGGCCGUGCGCCACGACGACCGCGUCCACAUCGUAGACUUCCAGAUCGCGCAGGGCACGCAGUGGGUCACCCUCCUGCAGGCCCUCGCGGCGCGCCCCGGCGGGCCGCCGCGGGUGCGCAUCACCGGGCUCGUGGACGACGACGGGGGGCCGGUGGCGGAGCGGCUGGCGGCGGUGUCGAGGCGGUUCAGGAUCCCCGUGGAGUUCCGGCCGGUGGGGGCGGCGGCGCAGGAUGUGACGCCGGCGAUGCUUGAUGUGCGGGAGGGGGAGGCGCUGGCGGUGAGCUUCACACUGCAGCUGCACCACACGCCGGACGAGAGCGUGGAGGUGGGGAACCCGCGCGACGGGCUGCUGCGGAUGGUGAAGGGGCUGGGGCCGCGGGUGGUGACGCUGGUGGAGCAGGAGUCGAACACCAACACGACGCCAUUCCUGACGCGGUUCGCGGAGGCGCUGGACUACUACGCGGCGAUGUUCGAGUCGAUCGAGGUGGCGCUGCCGAGGGGGAGCGGGGAGAGGAUCGGGGUGGAGCAGCAGUGCCUGGCGAGGGAUAUAGUGAACGUGGUGGCGUGCGAGGGGAGGGAGAGGGUGGAGCGGCACGAGCUGCUGGGGAAGUGGAGGUCGAGGCUGGGGAUGGCGGGGUUCAGGCCGUACCCGCUGAGCAGGUACGUGAACGAGGUGAUCAGGGGCCUGCUGGGGGCGUACUCGGGGAACUACAGGCUGAGGGAGGAGGACGGGGCGGUGCUGCUCGGCUGGAAGCAACGCGACCUCAUCUCCGCCUCCGCCUGGCACUGA